AUGGACGGAUUACCCUCCUACGAGGAGGCUACAACGCUGCCACACUGGCUUCAGCUGGCUGCCCCAUAUGUACCCAUGGCUGACUGGCGGCGAUGCUGCCUUGUCAACUCACAAUUCCACGAACAAUUUGCUUCUCGACUCUGGCUGGACCCGCUCGUGACUGCAAGAGCACAUGGUCUGCAUCCUAAUGAUGACCUCUCUUGGUAUCGAAAGUUCAUCAAUGUUCAUCUCAAGUCGGUACGACCAAGUACACGUGCAUUGGUUCGAUCGCUUGAUUUCCGAGACUUUGCCAUCGUGGCCUCUGGGCUCUAUUCAUCAGAUGCAAGUGAGAGGGCCAUUUCCGAAAGUCUCAAAGGUUUACCGACGUUAUUUCCAAACUUGAUAUGCUUGCUCAUUGCUGGGCAUCCUGAAAUCAACUCCGAGUCACUUGUAGCGACUCACACGGAAGAAGCAAAAGGUCAGGUUCAGACGGCGCUGCAAAUGCUCGACCUUGCUGGCUGUCUGCACCCACUUACAACUCGGAUGUUUCGCUCUUCUUUUCUUCGGGACCUCGUUUACCUGGAUAUCUCAUUUCUUCCUGGAUCUGUAGGUACUCUCGUGCAAACAUCCUUGAAUCCAGAAUUUGUGCCAGAAUUACGGAUACUCAAGGUGAGGAGUCGAGAGAUGGAUGAUGCCACUGCUCACCUUUUGCUUGAACGUUUCGGGAGACAGCUCUGGAGUCUAGACAUUUCCGAGAACAAACUAACCGAUGCUACAAUUGAAUCACUAAUUGAGCACUCCUUUUCUGAACUUACAUAUCAGUCAGAUCAACAUUUCAACGUCGAGGGCAAGCUCAAGAAUGAUCGCUCAUGGGGUACCAGGGAAUUCGGGCCCUUUGAGUCAAUUUCCGAGUCAAACGAGAGCUCUUCGUUCACUCAUCGGAUGCGCUACGUGCCAGAUGCUCCACCUUACCAUUGCCAUGCUGGCCAGCAGGACUUGCAGGAGUGGCAGGUUGUACGUUUGACUGGUGUCGAGAGUCGGAUCAAUGACAGUGCUGCGGGCGUCCUACAGUGCCUGCUUGAUGACGCUCUGCAGCCCGUACCCGAGGCAAGAGGUGCUGCAUCGAGCAUUCGUCAAGGCAGAGGCGGUUUGACACAUCUCUACCUGAAUGGCAACCGCUUCACGUCGGCUGGAAUCCAAAAGUUGCUUCGAUGCGUCAAGGGACAAUUACAGCACUUUGAAUGCGAUUCCUCACGGCUUUCAUGCUUGGUUCCCGAUUCUCGUUCCUUGCCGCAGGUGCAUGGUCUUUUCGGUCUCUCGCACCUAUUUCGACCAGUCUUUGCGUCAAAUCUUCGAUCCUUGAGGAUCCACCAUUCGGCUGUCACGUGUGUACCGAGACUUGAAGCAGACUGGCUCCCGCCACGUGAAGCUGCAAUACAGGCAGAAAGGGUAUUCCGACAGCACAUCCAAAUGGCGUAUCCGUGUGCUUUUGUUCCAGACAUGAAUCCACGCAUUACCUCACUGACACUGACUCAAAUUCCUGCGCGCUCUUCUGGCCCGCUCAUUCGGGCAAUCACGAGAUUCCUCGAUCUUGCAUCUGACCAGCAGCUUGCAAUGAGGGAAUCAAAUACCAAUGCAAACCGGCGUGACUCGGCCAACCUAACAGGUCUUUGCCACAUUCGUUUGGAACUAUUGCACGAUCAUGCUAGAGACUUGACAGAUGUCUUGUCUGAUGAAGGUGUGGAUUUUGACCAGCUUCUCGAUCCUGUCGCGCCAGGCGAAGGUCAGGGCGAGGCAUUUUGGUGGGACCAUCCCAAGCACAAGCUACGAGCGCACAGCGUCAGCAGCAAAGUUUCUUGUGAAGCUCCAAACGCAAGUAGUGUCGACAAUAAUCCUGUAAAUGGCGACGAGCUAUCCGUCAUACCGCAAAGCAGUGGUAUUCGGCACAACAAACAAGAGGAAUACGUGCAUUGUAGAAUCGAUGCCGCCGAUUCGUGGACUGGCAACAUGUUUACGGUUCCGGUAUGGGUUGGUUGUGGCGUCGUUGGACCCUCGCCGGCUCUCAAUGAAUACAUGUCCAAUGUAUUGGACUCUAGUUGCCGAAAGAAUAUUGGGCCAGCCAUGCCCGAUCAAAUCGCCGCUGGUGUGCCUCCAGGAUCCUACAUCUUUCAUGAUGCCUGGACCAUGAUGGUCUUGCCCACCAGUCUCCGAAAGUUGGACGAUGAAUCAAAACGCGAUCCAAUGGAUUGUGUUGCUACUGCGAUCAAGGAGUAUCGACAGAAAACAAAAGGGACAAACAGGCACUGGAAUGGUAAACUUGAGCUGCUGAGAGUGGCAUAG